GCGAGUAUUUAUAAGUCGACGUAAACCGGAGCCGCUUAGUUGUCAAGAGUACUAUAGUGCAAAAUGCAACCGUUGGAACGGAGCGAAAUGCGUUUAUUAAUAAUACUGAUAUUCCUCACUGUUGCCAAAGGAUUUCAGUUUGUUGUUCAAAAUGGUAUUCUUGAUGUAGCAGAAGAUGGAGAGGAUCCUAAUAUGAUUAUUAGCAAGCUCACGAAAAGUGAUGGCACGAACAUGUCUAAUAUCUUCCUCGCGAAGACUAAUCAAUUUGUAGACACUUCAAUCAACAAGAAUCCCGAUGAUCAAACCAUCGUUAUCACUCGUACAGUCUACGAUCCUAAUGGCGAACUCCUUGAUUGUUUCCAACUUAGUGAUGACACGCAAUGGUUCGGAGGGCCAGAGUUUCGCCAUCAGUACUGGCCUAUACAGAAUAUGUGCUAUGAGGAAGAGGCGUACUUGCCUACGCACCCUUCAAACAUGGCAAUAGCCGAGCGUUAUUGGCUAUCCAGCAAAGGGAUUUACAUUUACGUGGACUAUGCAAGCCCGCUAUUUCUCGAUCAGAACAAUUAUCGAGAUAAGUAUUUAUGCAUGAUCACCAAGAACAAAGCGCCCUAUCAACAUCGUGACAUCAUCAACGUCACGUACACAAUAGGUGUUUUUCCGGAUCCGACAACUGCUCAUCAAUAUGCAGUAAAAAACCAUUUGGGUAAGCCGACGGUUCUUCCCGACAGUCUGAUGGUUCAAUAUCCUAUAUGGUCUACCUGGGCCAGAUACAAGACCAAUAUCACCGCGAAAGUGGUAGAGACCUACGCGGACGAAAUCGUCGCCCAUGGAUUCAAGAAUAGUCAGAUCGAGAUAGACGAUAAUUGGGAGACCUGUUACGGUUCCGCCGAGUUUGAUCCCGUCAAGUUUCCCGAUGUCAGUGCUCUUACGAAGCUAUUGAAUGACAAGGGCUUCCGCGUCACUUUGUGGAUACAUCCUUUCAUCAACCGAAACUGUGAAUCCGCAUACUCCACUGCUCUGAAUAACGAUUACUUUGUUAAAAAUCUCGAUGGAAACGUUCAAAUGUCGUGGUGGCAGGGUUCAGAUGCCGCCACGAUUGACUUUACGAAUGCGGAUGCUGUGAAUUGGUGGACGGAACGCGUGUGGCGUCUUCAAGGUUUAGGCAUCAACAGCUUUAAGUUCGAUGCCGGCGAGGUGUCUUGGUUACCACAAGUGCCGAAGUUGACCGGUCCAUCUGAGUUGCAACCAAGUAUAUUCACCGAAGCAUACGUCCGCAAACUCACAUCCAACUUUCCCCGUAACAUUGAAGUGCGGGUGGGAUGGCGCACUCAGGAUUUACCGACAUUUGUUCGCAUGAUCGACAAGGACAGCAGGUGGACGUGGGACAAUGGUCUACCCACGCUGAUCACGACGCUAUUGCAGAUGAAUCUCAACGGAUACGUUUAUGUGCUGCCGGACAUGAUCGGCGGCAACGGCUAUCUCAACGGUUCUCUCGAUGGAACGGAACGUCCAUCUAGAGAGUUAUUCGUCAGAUGGUUACAGGCCACUGUCUUUAUGCCAUCGAUGCAGUAUUCUUUUGUGCCAUGGGAUUUCGAUGAAGAAAUUAUCAACAUCUGCAGAAUAUAUACCGAAUUGCACGAGAAUUACACGACAGAAAUUGUAAAUGCCAUGCAGCAGGCUGUUGAAAAAGGCACUCCUGUAAAUCCACCCAUUUGGUGGAUUGAUCCGCUCAAUUCAGUUGCCCACAAGAUUGAUGACGAAUAUCUCCUUGGUGAAUCUAUAUUGGUUGCUCCGAUAAUUGAAGAGGGUGCCGUAAAUCGUAAUAUCUACUUACCUAACGGAACAUGGAUUGAUAUGAAUCGAGGAACCACUUAUGAAGGACCGAGAUGGAUGGAAGAUUAUUAUGCUCCUUUAGAAGUACUUCCUUACUUCAAGAGAUUAUCAACAUAAAGAAUUAAGAA